CUUUUUAAGGUCACCUGGACUCAAUUCAAUUGAUUAUUUCCUCUGGAUCCAUCGUUCAUCUCUCGAGGUUCAUGCGUGCUGAUAAACUAGUCAAACGCGACAAGCGGCACCAAAGGGACUCAGUGGCGAAAAGUAAAACUGGUAUUGGGUUUGGGAAAACAGAACCUGUGUCUCGGACAGCUCCCCAAGCCGAGGGUAGGCAGCAGAAGUCCGUCGGUGGAAAGGGAGCAAAUAACAAGCCUACUGAAGAUGCGAGUAGCGGAGAUGAAGAAGUGAGGAGACCCAGGAGGAAGGCUUCACAGGAUAUAUCCCAGGAGGAAAUUAGCCAAUUUUUGGCAAGUCUGGAUUUCGGGUUGCUUCGUGAGGAUGCCUCCCCUGGAGGCAACGAAGACUUCAAUCCUAAGCGAGAAUGGCGAAAAGCAAGGAAAGAUGAGUCUCACACGUCGAGGACGAGAAAAUCGGGAGCCAACGUCGAGACAUCUGCCAAGUCGACUACAGAAAUCUUCCAAAAACUUGGGAGAGUGAAAAUGGUCAGUUACUGCGAGCGUUAGGAGUCUUUCCGCUUGUGAAACUUGGCGCAAUUGUGCAGGACAUCCCAACAGAGGCGCUCUGGUACAGCAACCCAUAUACCCUGCCAG